CCCACCAGGCACCAGAGAACAGAGUGUGCGUAGUUUGACAAUUACUGUCCUCGAUAGAAGGCAUUAUUUACGGAUAGAGACGUGAUGCACCUUUGCGCAUUACGCGCUGUUUGUGGCUAAGGCAUUCCAAUGGCUGAGGAGAUGGAAGACUUAAACCAAAGCGGAAUAAUAAACAAGUCGUUAACGGAUGAAGACCGUUUCCGAAGCUUGGAAGACAUCGAUGUCGAUGGAAGUCCCGUUUUGAGAUUUUUGAUCUCGAUCACCUACUCGAUUGUAUGCGCUGUGGGUCUAGUUGGAAAUUUACUUGUCUUGUUCUUCAUCAAAGUACGAAAAGAGAGGCGCAAGUCUAAAAUAAACUUUUUCAUACUUAAUCUAGCUGCUACGGACUGCCAGUUUGUUCUAACUCUGCCUUUUUGGGCUGUGGACACUGCGCUGGACUUCAGCUGGCCAUUUGGAGAUGCCAUGUGCAAGAUUGUGCUCUCCGUCACCGUCAUGAACAUGUACGCAAGUGUGUUUUUCCUGACUGCAAUGAGCGUUACUCGGUACUGGUCGGUUGCCUCUGCGCUGAAAGACCGAACCCGAAAGAGAUCUUGUUCGGUGAAAUGGGUCUGUGUGGCGCUUUGGGUUCUGGCCACUGUAGCCACAGCACCAACGGCUAUUUUUUCAACUGUCACAAAUGUCGCUGGAGAAAAACUCUGUCUCCUGAAGUUUCCAGAGGGACAAUACUGGCUGGCUGUCUAUCAUCUACAGAAAAUUUUAAUAGCUUUUAUCAUACCUAUGGUUAUCGUUUCAAUCAGUUACUUGAUGUUAGUGAGACUCAUUCGGCGUUGCAGUAUGAAGAAUAGUUCGAGACGAAUAACGCAAGUAACCAAAUCAGUCACCAUUGUCGUUCUGUCCUUCUUUCUCUGCUGGAUGCCCAAUCAUGCUAUUACAUUCUGGGGUGUUCUAGUGAAAUUUAACGUUGUCUAUUGGGAUAAAACAUACUAUAUGGUUCACACUUACAUAUUCCCAGUUACAGUAUGUCUUGCCCAUGCCAACAGCUGUUUAAACCCAAUUAUUUACUGUCUCAUGCGGAAGGAGUUCAGGAAAAAACUAAAGGAUUUGGUCUCUCUGAAAUGAACGAUAUUAUUUGUGCCUGGAAUUGUGAUGCAUUUGAUCUCUGUCUCUGUCUCUCUCUCUUCUCUCUGGCAUUGAAAUAAAUUUGGUAAGGCCUGAGCAAAUACACAUGUUUGUAUUUGUAUAGUAUGUAUUACAUACUAUUACAUAGUAUGUAUUUGUGUGGUGCAUGUGUUGAGACUAUGGCUGAAAGUAUAAAAAGCAAAAUAUGCUGUGAAAGAAAAUAUAAUUGGAUUGAAAUAGUUUUAAGUUAUAAUAUCUGAUGCAUCUCAUGUAUAAGGUGGCAUACAUUGUCAUUCAUGCUGACUUUUGUGAUGACCAUA